ACACACACACACACACACGUGUGGGAAAAGCUGGCGUUCAAUGCUGUCCGCUCUCUCCUGAAUAUCACCAAACUUAGUGUCUGCGUCAAGAUCGGGUCCGUAAAGACGUGAAAGUGUUUGGCAGCAGCUGGGAGACAAGAAGUGUGUCUCAGGUCCACAACUGUCUCCUGCUAUCUCUGCUCCACAAACACUUGGCUCUGAUGGCUGACUCAGAGCCUGUCCCCGCCCAGGUAGGAGAAAAGAGAGGCUGUCCAGAGGAUAAAGAGGAAGACACACCGUCAAAGAAACCCAGAGUUGAGAAGGAUCACAAGAAUGGAGGCCCUCCCCACAAAGAUGAGGAGGAAGAGCCUGAGUGCGAGGCAGGGGACGGAGAGGAGGAUGGUGAGACCUUUGCUGAUAUGAUGAAGCAUGGCCUCACUGAGUUGGAUGUGGGCAUCCUGAAGUAUGUCAGUGACCAUAAGGGCUUCUCAGGAAUCUUGAAGGAAAGAUAUUCAGAUUUCGUGGUGCACGAAAUCAACAAGCAAGGCAAGAUAGUGCAUUUAGAUGACCUCUCUAUCCCUGCAGAGGUUGCAGAGGAAGUCCCAGAGCCUGAAGAGCCGCCACAGGAAUCUGAUGUGCUGACUGAAGAGCAGAAAAAGCAGCUUGGGGAGCUACAGCUCUUCAAGAAUAAAGAGGACAAUGUAUCUAUUGAGGUGAUGGAUGACACAAAAGAGAAGCGGACGCUGGUCCACAAAGCCAUCAAGACUCAGUUUCCUGGUCUGGAGACAAAAACAGAAGAGAAGGAUGGACGCAAGUUCAUAGUGGCUUACCAUGCUGCUGGGAAGAAAGCUCUGGCAGCUCCAAGGAAACACUUCUGGCCCAAAAACCGCGGCAGUUUCUGCCACUUUGUCCUAUACAAGGAGAACAAGGACACCAUGGACGCUAUCAAUGUGCUUUCAAAGUUCCUCAGGCUGAGACCCAACAUGUUUUCAUACAUGGGAACCAAGGACAAGAGAGCCAUCACUGUGCAGGAGAUUGCAGUGCUGAAGAUCACAGCAGAGAGGUUGGCUCAUCUCAACAAGUGCCUCAUGAACCUCAAACUUGGAAACUUUUGCUACAAAAACCACCCUCUAAAGCUGGGGGAGCUGCAGGGAAACCACUUCACUGUGGUCAUCAGGAACAUCUCAGGGACAGAUGAGCAGGUCCAUCAGGCCUUGACAUCCCUCAAGCAGACAGGCUUCAUCAACUACUAUGGCAUGCAGCGCUUUGGCACCACGGCUGUGCCUACGCAGCAAGUUGGCAGGGCUAUCCUGAGAAAUGACUGGAAAGAGGUGGUGGAUUUAAUUCUGAAGCCUCGCCCCGGAGCGGAGAAAGAAUUCCUGGUCCGCUGCAGAGAAGAGUGGGCAAAGACUCAGGACCCAGAGGCAGCCCUGAAAAAGCUGCCCAACAAGCGCUGUGUGGAGGGGCAGCUGCUCCGAGGUCUGUCUAUGUAUGGCAAGAAGAACAUCGUCACUGCUUUUGGACUG